ACUUAGAUAUUAACCCUUUGAUUUGUUUUAAUAUGUGUGGUGUGGCCUCAAGCAUUGUAGGAGCAUCCCGGGGUACAUCAAUGCUCCAAGCACGUGACCGAAGAUGCAUCCAAGUUUUACAAAUAAAGCAUGCUAAAAGAGGAAAUGUAGUCUUCGGAGACAAUAGAAAAGGGAAAAUCAUUGGCAUUGGCUCAGUAGGUAAAUCCAAAGACUCCUCCUUUCCCCGGCAGCUUUUCCGGCGGAGAAACCGGCCAUUGCACCUCACAGAAAAAAGCUUUUCUCGGAACUCUUUUCCCCUGAUGAUCACCCGAUUGGCACUGUUGGUGGUUUCCACCAUGGGAACCCCUCAGUUUCUUUUUCCCAUGAUGAGAUCCGUUCCCUUGCAGACAAAUUCCAACACUCUCUUAUUGGAAGAUCCAGAGCCUCCAUCCCCAUCUCUGCCAUUAGGAAUACUCUGAAAGUCAUUAGCUUUAAAAAUGUCAAUCUCAGGAGUCUCACCAGGAAAACAGAAUGAAUGAAGUGACUAUUUCUAGUGGCAGAUGGUCGGGAUGGAUGUGUGAAUUCGAAUUACUGUUCUAAAAGACAUAAAUUUAUCAUGUUCUG